CUUAAAGAAGAAGGAAUCCUACUCCAAUAAGGAGUUGGAAAUUCUCUUUGAGUUCUAUUCAAACAAGGAGAUAGCAAUUUUGUUUAAUCCUUCCUAAGUUAGGAAUCCUACCUGCAUCAAGGAAUAGUCAAGUUAAUUCCUACUAGGAAGCGCUUGAACUGAUCUGUUCGUUUUAAUUUGUUUAGAUUUGUUGGAGUUAGAUUGCUGCAAAAUAACUUGAAUUGAACUUGUUUAGUUCAAUAACGAAUUGAAAGAGGAAAGUUGAGUGAGGGAAAAAGGCAAGAGGUGUGAGCAACACUUGAGAGAAAAGCCAAGUUUUACAGUGUGCAAAACACGAGCGUUAAGUGCCAUUCUGUGAGAGAGUGGAGUGAAACACGUAAGGGAGUGUUGUGAGGUCCUUUUAUUCUUCUGUUUCUAACAUUCGUUGCAGGUUUCAAUCAUGUCAAGCAGUGAUGACAAAUCAACCACUAGAAGACACCAUGUGGAUGAAUCUCUCAUGCUCACAGCAAUACAACAACAAUUUCAAAGGCUGGACAUCAUGUUUGGUGAGAUCAGAAACAAAAUGGAGAAGCAAGAUGCAGCUAUAGCCAAUUUAUACCAAAUACAGAAGGGAAGUCCGAAUUUGCGUAGGAAUGAUGCUAAUGAUGAUCUCAAUGAAGAUUAUGAAGAUGCAUUCAACAAUGAUGCCCAGAACUUAAAUUUCAGCAUGGACAAAUUUAUGAGAGGUAGAGGGGAUCAAAAAGGUAGGUUUAAGCGAGGAGAGCAAAAUCUGAUGAAGUGGGGAGAUCAACAAGAUCGUGACUUAGGUAGCAUCAAGAUGAAGAUUCCUCUGUUUCAAGGCAAAAAUGAUCUAGAUGUGUAUUUGGAGUGGGAAAAGAAGGUGGAAUUGGUGUUUGAUUGCCAUAACUAUUCUGAGGAGAAAAAGGUGAAACUAGCAACGGUGGAAUUUACUGAUUACGUUGUGGUGUGGUGGGAUCAGCUUGUGCUUAGUCGGCGCCUUACUCAAGGGUCCAAAAGCGUUGAGAAUUAUCACAAAGAGAUGGAAAUCACAAUGGUUAGAGCGAAUGUGGAAGAGGACAGAGAAGCAACUAUGGCACGGUUUCUGCAUGGCUUAAAUUGUGAUAUAGCUAAUGUGGUAGAGCUGCAACAUUAUGUGGAAUUAGAAGAUAUGGUGCAUAUGACGAUGAAAAUAGAACGACAACUCAAGCAUAAAGGAGCCACUAGUAGAAUUGGACAAAAUUCAGGUUCCUCAUCUUCUUGGAAAUUGAAUUGGAGCAAAAAGGAAGAAAAUUUUGCUUUUAAGCCUAAAAUUGCAACAUCUAAGGGGCAUGUUGCAUUGCAAUGUCCUAAUAAGCACAUGAUGAUCUUGAGAGAAGAUGGAGAAAUUGAAACCGAGGGUGAAUUUGAUGAUGAAUCUAUGCCACCAUUAGAAGAUGCUAAUGAUGGUGUGGAAUAUGUUGUUGAUGGAGAACUGCUCGUCACUAGGCGAGCUUUGAAUGUGCAAGCCAAAGAAAAUGAUGAAGUACAACGUGGCAAUAUAUUUCACACGAGGUGCCAUGUCAAAAACAAGCUAUGUAGUGUGAUUAUUGAUGGUGAUAGUUAUACUAAUGUAGCUAGCACUGUUUUAGUUGAAAAGCUUAAUUUACCUAUGACAAAGGAUCCAAGGCCAUAUAAGCUGCAAUGGUUAAAUGAUUAUGGAGAAAUCAAGGUAAACAAGCAAGUUCUGGUUUCAUUCUCUAUUGAACGAUAUAAGAAUGAGGUAUUUUGUGACGUGGUUCCUAUGCAUGCUGGACAUUUACUUUUAGGGAGACCAUGGCAAUAUGAUAGGAGAGUGACACAUGAUGGCUUCAAAAAUCGCUAUUCAUUUGUCAUGGAGGGGAAAACAAUUACUCUUACACCAUUGAGUCCAAGGUAGGUUUAUGAGGAUCAAUUGAGAGUAAAAAAAGAGAGUGAGCUGAGAAAUGAGAGCGAGCUUGAGGGUGUGAAAAAUAAAGAGAAAAUAGCAAAAAAAGAGUCCAAAAAGAGAGAAAAGAUUGAGAGUGUUGAAAACAAAGGGAGAAAAUCAGUGAGUGUUUAUGUAAAAGAAAGUGAUGUCCAGGCUGCGAUCUUUGCAAAGCAGCCUAUGUUUGUGCUUCUGUAUAAAGAUGCUUAUUUUAA